AUGGCCUGGGCCGAAGCUAUUCCCCCUCAAGCUGGAUGGAUUGGUCUCAUUCCUGGGUACGACGAAGUUAAGGAGAAAAUGGAUAGUGGUGGACAACCACUCCCGGUGCUCACUUCGUCAACUACAGGCUACCCGUGUCAGGAUAGGAUGCAGUACAAAGGAUGGGAUAUCCUUCGUACCUGCUGCAUCCUAUCCUCACAAUCCGCCAUCUACGCCAUCUACGCCAUCUACGCCAUCUACGCCAUCUACGCCGUCGGCUACCUGUGA